AUGGUCGGUUUCAAGCAUAAGGGUUGGCUGCCGGAGAUCGCCUCCUCCAAAAAAGACCACCACGCUCGCCGCCGUUGCGCCGACGAGUCAAAGAAGAAGGCCCCUCGUUUGCGAAUCCUCGCAUUCGAGACCGCCAAAUCCAUGUCGAGGUUGAUCUCUCUCUACAAAUCUCUCUCCGACGGUCAGAUCUCCCGCCUGAAAAACCGCAUCAUCAAAUCCAAAGGAAUUUCGUACCUGACCUCCACGGACGAGGAGUUUCUGCUCAGCCUCGCCUGUGGCGAAAGGACCGAAGACCUCGAUCACGCCGCCGCGGUCGUUUCGCGGCUGGGGAAGAAAUGCGGCGAUCCGUGGCUCAACCAGUUCGAUCUCGUUUACACGGAUUUGAAGCUCGGCGUCCUCGAUUUCGGGAAAUUGGAGUACGGCUCGAGGUAUGCUGAGAAACGUGUGCGUAAGAUGGAGAAAUUGGUUUCCGCGACGGCGAGCCUGCACGCGGCGCUUGCUGCUCUGGCGGAGAUGGAGGCCGCGGAAAGGAAGAUGAAGCGGAGGAACAAGCAGAUGGAAUUGGACGCGAAUUCCGAUCUAUUCAAUCAGAAACUCGAGAUCCAGCGCAAGGACGUGAAGUAUUUGAAAGAAACUUCUCUGUGGCGCAAAUCGUGUGAUAAAUGUGUGAGCAUAAUGGCGACGAUCGUGAUCAUCGUCUACAUCAGAAUCUGCUCUGUUUUCAAGCCGUACAUCACGAUUCUCCCCUCGAUCUCGUUGCUGAACGUUGCAUGUUUCCAGCAGCAGAGAGAUCUAGAACUGAUUGAGAAGAUAAAGCAGCAAUUGGUUGAACACCCUAGCCAUGUGAAUACAGAGUUCAAACCUAACAAAAUCCGGUUGUACAGGCGAAAAUCGGGGAUUUUCUUCAACGAUUGGGACGCAUUCGAAACCGAUGGAGAAAAAUUCAUCAAAAACAACAGAGUAUUCCACAGCGCAGGGCCGUCGACGUUGGGCGGGUCAGGGCUGGCGUUGCACUACGCGAAUGUGAUCCUAUUGGUGGAGAAGUACUUGGACUCGUCGUCGUCGAUUGGCCGCGACGAGCGCGAGGCGCUGUACCAGAUGCUGCCGGAGAAUCUCAAGGCGCUGGUGAGAGUGAAGCUGAGCAAGAACAUGAGAUGCAGCGGGGAUGAUGCGUUCCUGGCGGAAGGGUGGAGGGCGGCGACGGUGGAGAUCAUGGGGUGGCUGGCGCCGAUGGCGGAGGACAUGGUGAGGUGGCAGAUGGAGAGGCAUGUGGACAAGCUCAAGUUCGAUACCAAGCCUAGUGUGCUUCUGCUGCAGACGCUGCAUUUCUGUGAUAAGGAGAAGACCGAAGCGGCCAUUGCUGAAGUGCUGGUGGCGUUGAGCUGCGUCUAUAGGUUUGAGAAUCGCAGUAUUUAUGGUGAAUGA